AUGGCUGGUGCAGCGGGAAAAUGUCUGUCUUUGAUUGGAUUCAGCCUUUUCUGUCUUAAAAUGGUUACUUCAGAAAAAGCAGCUCCCGAAAUACCCACUAUUGAUCAGGCAUAUUCAAAAAUCAGCAACAGCAUCACUGUGGAAUGGGCUAUGGUGCCAGGGGCCACCAGUUACCUCCUUACGGCUGAAGAUGGUGACGCUGUCAUCGAAACCAUUGUGGCCAGUUCUCCAGGGACUGUGAUGGGUCUGAAGGCUGCAACCUUGUACCAAAUCACUGUCAGAUCCAUAAGUGCCACCGGGAGAAGCCAGGCAUCAGCUCCAAAGCAGGCAAAAACAGUGUUGGCUGCACCGAUUCUAGAAGUCAGUUCUCCAAGCCCCGACUCUAUUUUUGUGCAAUGGGAAGCUGUAAAUAUGGCAAUCGGAUUCUCUGUGUCCAUUAUGCGAGCCAAUGGUUUGGGUAGAAUAUGGAAAGAGAAUACCACCAACACUUCCUUGACAUUCACCAGUUUAGAUGCUGGGACUCUCUACACCAUAAAGGCCUAUGCGUGGAAUGCCAAUGGAACUCCUGGGGAUGACUACACCUGCAAUCAGAGAACAAGUCCUCUGGCUCCUGCCAACAUUCAAGUCUCUUUUGAUAGUGGAGCUCUGAAGGCAUCUGUUUCGUGGGCACCAACAGAAGGUGCUUUCAAUUAUACCGUGGUGGCCGAGAGCGACUCCUCAGAGCUGAGCUGCAGUACGACUUCCAGUUCUUGUACCAUCUCUUCUCUGCUGUGUGGAACCGAGUACCAGAUUUCAGUUUUAGCUUGUAAUGAUGCUGGGUCUAGCAAGUCAGCAUCAGCAGUGACUCUGAAAACUGUUGCUUGUGCACCUGGAAGAGUGACAAUUCAAGAAGAUCCUCCUGGUCACCUGUCUGUGGCUUGGUCCAGUGUAGAUCUGGGAGAUUACUACGUGGCCUUUGUGAAGAGUGACGAUGGCUUGGAAGUGCACUGUAACACUUCCCUCACCCAAUGCAAUUUCUUAUCUGAAUGUGGCUUCACUUAUUUUAUUAGUGUCUUUGCCUAUAACAAGGCGGGCCAGAGUCCUUUGGGGGAUGUGUUCAAUUACACCACAGCUCCCUGCUGUCCAAGCGACAUUAACCCCAUCUUGAUAUCCAGUGACAGAGUAGAGAUGGUUUGGUCUCCUGUGCGUGGUGCUGAACUUUACCAAACCAGGGCUGUAGAUGGGUUUAGCAUGGUUGAGUGCAAGGACACAGCUCCUGCCUGCACCCUCUCCGCUCUGGAGUGUGACACCAAGUACAACAUCACAGUGUAUUCCUUCAGCGAGGUCCGGGGCAGCAACACUUCCUGUUCUUCCCAAGCCAUAACCACAGCUCCUUGCAGUCCUGAAAUAAAAAAUGUUUCCAAGGAUGCCUUCUCCGUGAUUAACGUGCACUGGCGAGCCACUAAUGAGGAGGCCACUUACACCGUGACUGCUGAGGGGGAGAAGGGGCUGUUCCGAUGCAGCAGCUCCGGGGAGUCCUGCGCCAUGGGGGGCUUGCCCUGUGGCUCUGUGUUCUCUGUCACCGCAGUGGCCGAAACUCAGGCGGGGAGGAGCCCGCCCAGCUACAGCGUGCCCCUCGAAACAGUGCCUUGCUGUCCAGCUGGUCUGACAGUCACGCAGGUCACCCAAUCAGUAAUCAAUGUGAGCUGGACCGUUGGUACAGGGGCCCAAACCUAUGUGACCGACCUGGAGUCACACAUUGGACAGUCCAAGUGUCACACCCGGCAAAACCACUGCCUCCUGGGAUGCAUCGCGUGUGGCGUCAAUUACACAGUGGCAUUGAAAGCAAUUAGUGCCACUGGCUUGACUGCGGGCUGCGCCUACCAAGGUUACUCCUCCAGUGCCUGCUGCCCUUUGGGGGUGAAGUUAUAUCGGCUGGGCCCUAAUGGCAUCAGAAUCUACUGGCAAGCUUCCAGGGGCUCAGCCAAUUACAGCACUGACCUCUCUGGUUCCAAGGGUGUUUUCACAUGCACCCCAAGUGCUGGCCUCAGUUUCUGUGAUAUCACUGAGAUUCCCUGUGGAGAUGUAUAUACUGUGAUGGUCUCACCAGUUGCCGAGUCGGGACUGAAGCUUACUUUCUGCCCAAAAAAAAUAUAUUCAGUAACCUGUUCUGGAAGUACACUUGGAAUGGUGAUUUACAGAGGGAAGAGAAAUGCUGAAUGACAUAGUGAACCGUGCAUAAACCCAGAGACUUGAACUA